AUGAAAGAUACUAAACGUGCUGUUGACAGAGCCAAUAAAUGUUUACUUCUUCAAGUUUUGAUGGACAAGAACUUAAACAAAGAAGCUUUUAAAAGAAGUGUGACUAAAGUUUGGAACCCUGAGGGUUCUGUCUGGUUUACUGAGGUGGGUCAUCAUCUUUUUUUGGUUGAAUUUCAAAAAGAUGUAGAUAUCGUGAGAGUGCUCAAUGGUAGACCAUGGACUUUUGAUAAACACCUUAUAUUCAUACAAUUGUUUGAUAAAAGUACUCCUAAUGAAAUGAUUUUUAAUCAAGAACCGUUAUGGAUUCAACUUCAUGAUUUGCCUCUUGCAGCCAUGAUAGUGGAUGGGGGAGAGAAAAUUGGCUCAACCAUUGGUGAUGUACUUUAUGUGGAUGUCAAUGGGGAUGGAGUUGGAUGGGGGAAAUUUCUCAGAAUCAGAGUCAAUAUGGAUAUUACAAAGCCUAUUCCUUGUGGGAAGUUAAUUAGAGUAGAAGGCAAACAAAGAUGGGUUGAGUUUCAAUACGAAAGAUUGCCCUUAUUCUGUUUUCAAUGUGGGGUUAUAAAACAUGCAGGUCGUGCAUGUGCUAUGGAUAGAUCUACUCUUAAUUCUACAGAUACUUCACAUAUUCAAUAUGGCAAAUGGUUGAGGGCCACAGAUUUUAAUUUACUGGGAAGUGGAGAAAAAAGAUCAGAGGGAAGAGGUUUUAGAAGUCAGUACAAUGUCUCAGGAAGUGGGAAGGGCCAAAGCAAAGGGACUUUGAUCAACGUUUCAAGUAGUCAAGCAACCCUUAAUGUAAAUUCUGAUGAAGAGGCUCUUGAACAACACCCUGGAUGUUUUAACAAGAAUGCUAUAGAUAAAGGAAAUCAAAUUUCUUCUCCUGAUCAACACAGUCAAUUUGAGCUACCUCUUAAGCAGACUAGAACUCAUUAA